AUUCUUAAUUCGUAAUUUGCAAAUUUCGCAAUUAGUAGUUUGUUUAGUACUUGAAUAUAAAAAUAUCAUUAUUAUUGUUGAAUGUUCAAUAAGUUUUAUUUCAUAUAUUAGUAAUGGGAUCUAAAAAGCACAAGAAGGAUUCCAAAAAGAAGAAGCACAGGAGUAGAUCACGUUCCCCUUUAGAUGGCGAAGAGCGCGAGCGGAAACGCCAUAAGAAACACAAAGAUCGCAAGAAGGAUCGAUCUCCAGAUGUUGAGGAGGUACCUGUGGACUCGCAUCUAAAUGUCAAAGACAAUGGAGCUGUACGGAGCCGUAGUCGCAGUACCAGUAUCCCUCCAACUGACACACGCAAGGAUAAAAGUCAUGAUAAAGAAAGACGAACAAGUGUUGAGAGGUCAGUGUCACCAAUAGCUCAGCCGUCAUCAAAUCAAGAAAGCUUAUCAAUUGAAGAAACUAACAAACUUAGGGCUAAACUUGGUCUCAAACCUCUAGAAGUGACAGAGAAAACAGCUGAUGACGGUAAAAUCAAAGAUGAUUUGGGAGAGUUCUACCACAAGCCGGCCGCGAACAUCACCCAGCAGAAGAAGACUGAGAAGAUACGCGAACGACUCGAGGAGCGCAAGGAAAAGAGGAAACUUGAGAAAAAAUUAAAGACUACCCUUCUGGUGGACGAAGUGGCUUCAGAUGACGAAGAUGCCUCAGCUUGGGUAAAAAAGUCGCGAGAGAUGGAGAAACAGAAACAGGAAGCUGCUAAACGGGCGGCAAUGUUGGAUGAGAUGGACGAGGUAUUCGGCGUGAGUGAGCUGGUGGCCCAGGAGCAGCGUGGAGAUGCGGAGCUCAGCUACCGGGAGCGGCACCUGCGAGGGUUGCGGGUAGCGCACGACAUGGACCUGUUGCCCGAGGAGCGUGACACGAUACUGACACUGGCCGAUAAAGAUGUCCUGGCCGAAGACAAUGAAGACGUGCUCGUCAACGUGAAUAUUGUCGACGACGAGAGGUACAAGAAGAAUAUAAAAGAGCGACGCAAGGCGGCUGCGGGCUACCAGGCGUAUGACGAGGAGAACGAGAUGGCGGAGGCUCUGGGGCUGCCUCGGGCCGUGCUGGCCAAGUAUGACGAGGAGCUGGAACCUGGUGCGGCCGAGAGGAGCAGGGGCUUCCUGCUGGGGGAGCAGCGGUCGCGCGACAACGUGGCUACCUCGAUGCAGGACCGGCUGUAUGGUGCGGAGAAACGGCUGGAGUCGCUGCGAAUGCCGGAGUUACGGGUCGCCUCCGACUACAUGGAUGAGCAUGAGAUCAGCGCCAAGUUCAAGAAGGUCAAGAAGAAGGGCAAGAUGCGUAAGAAAGCUAAGCAAGAGCCGAUAGAUGUGGAGGAGUAUGAAGCGGGCACUGCCCCAUUGGAAACCGACGACACAGAGGUGAAGUCGGAGCUGGAACGUGAGCUGCAGCAGGACGAGGACGAGGUGGAGGUGGACGCUGAGCUCCAGGCGGCCGUGGCGCGCGCACGACGGUUGAGACAAGCUCCGCCCACCGCUCCCACCACCUUGAAGGUGGAAGACAUCGAGAGGGUAAAAGAAGAGGAGGAGCCAAUGGAGGAGUCGGGUGGUGAGGGAAGCGCGUUUAUGGUGCUGGAUGCGACGGCCGAGUUCUGUCGCACCCUGGGGGAAAUACCCACCUACGGACUGGCACCCAACCGGGACACCACCACCGAGAUCAUGGAUUUCGAACGCGACGUGGAUAUGGAGGUGGAAAGUGAGAUCAAAGAGGAGCACACGGGGGAGGUUGAUGAGGAGGCCGCAGGCGCCUGGAGCAGAGUCGACAUCGGAAAAGAGAAACCGGUCGACCUUGUCGCUGGGUCGUCGGUGGGGCUGGAAGCAGAGCCAGCCUUGGGGGCUGGAGUGGCAGGUGCUCUCCAGCUGGCUCUCAGCAAGGGAUACCUGGAGCGAGCUGGAAGUAGCGCGCCGCGACCUUCACGACAGCACCCGCUGGCCGCCGCGCACUACUCCAUUGACGACAAGCAGCACGGGGAGGACGACAAGUACAGCCGGCGAGAGCGGGGCCACGACCGCGGCCACGGCGGGCCCGUCUCCGAGUUCCGCGAGAAGAACAACUUCCGGCCCAGCAUCAAGCUGGAGUACGUGGACGACGAGGGACGCCCGCUGUGUCCCAAGGAGGCGUUCCGGUACCUCUCGCACAAGUUCCACGGCAAGGGGCCCGGCAAGAACAAGCAGGAGAAGAGGAUCAAGAAAGCCGUUCAGGAGGGGUUGAUGAAGAAGAUGAGCUCGACGGACACGCCGCUCGGCACUCUACACAUGCUGCAGCAGAAGCAGAAGGAGACGCACUCCCCUUACGUGCUGCUCAGCGGCAACAAGAAGGAGAACAAUGCCUGACUCCUACCUAAACACACACAUACACGCGUGAUUCAUUUAUAAGCAAAAUAAUAAACCUCAUAUAAGCAAUACUGUUUAGAGAAUUGUAUGAACUUUUUAUAAAACUCCCAACAAUAUUCCAAUAGUAUAUAUUAUACUUCACAAAUAAAAAUUGAAAUCCGUAC